GGGGGAGGGAUCGGUGCAUUUUAAUAUCGGCCUCGGCGAUUCGAGCAAUUGAUUCGUGGAAGGCGAACGGUCGCGCGCUCGCUGCCGCGCGUCAGUCCCGCGACUCCUUGUCUGUAUCGCGCGCCGGAAGAUCCUCCCGUCGUCGUGGGCCGAGCCGGCCCCCCACGUUUCUUACGACUUUGUGUCGGUCGUCGUAGCCUCGAGCGCUGGCGGUCUCAUACCGUCGCCUGUCAGACGACGAGCUUCCCCGUCGUGACCGUCGUCGUUCGGAAGGCUUUCUCUCUCCCCUUGAAAGGAAAAAUUCCCGCCUUGCGGCAGCAGCAGCAGCAGCAGGCGGCCACGAUUAGCGAGGGUCACGACAGGUUUCGCCUGGCGAUUAAUUAAGCACGACUUGGCAGCUCGGUGCACGAUCGGCAUCGAUCGAGAGGUGAGAUUUCCGGACACCCGACAAAUCUCCCGGCUUUUAUUCAGCGCUGCGCUAAUGUCCGGAUCGCUCCUCUACUCGUUUGAAUGCCUGCCUGCCAUUGCCUCUGCCUCUGCCUCUGCCUGCCUGCAGCCCCUCGGCCCCGAUCCUCCUCCAUCAUCGCGCACCCUCCCUCCCUCCUCCUCCGAUUAUCUCGAUCCCCAUGUGUGCCAGCUGCGAGCUCCACGAUCCGUCCGAUCCUCGAGGCUCUUUCUGUUUUCAGUAACUACCAUAUUGACGAGUUCUCCCGACAAAGAAUGGAGACUUUUUCCAAUUUUGCCCCCCACCCCGACUGCAGUACCGAGCAGGGAGCGAGGCGAGGGAAUGAUGUGGUGUGAUCCGAAGACUGCCAUCCCGGGACGGCCUAGGGCCUGGCUAGACUUAGGGCUCGGUAGGGGACGACGCCGAGCAGCGGAAAGUAAAACGCUUCGGGUUGCGGGAUCCAGUUAAUGAGGCGCAAGUCUUGCUGGGCAUAAUGCGCUGAGGACGAGCGACAUGAAACCUUCGGACAGGAGCGGUGUUUGCUUUGAUCGGGUCGGCUGAUUAGCGUCACAUCAUAAUGAAAAAUCCAAAACACGAAUUUCGGGAGUACGUGAGUGGAGGAAAGAAAAGAAGUCGCGGAAGAAACAACGACGUCGUUUGAUUUCCUCUACCAUGGCUCUUCGUUCCACGCCUUUUUUUAUUGCAUGCUAUAUCUUGUGCAUGAACUGGAAAGUGCCAUGCCAUAGACGGCCAACCUGGUUCGAGCUUUCUUCCAUAGGCCACAGGAUUGGAUUGGAGUGAUGCAACGCAAGGCAGAAUGAAUGCACAUGACCCGUGAGUAUGCGGUCAAGGUGCCUUUCGGGUGUUCGGGCUGUCCAUUGAAAUUGAACAUGUCCCCAGAAGCAUCUGUUUCUUACGAGCCAUGGCUUCCCGAUUUGCGCUCUGCUCCGGGAAAGUGAAUAAAUCAGUCGAGAUUGUUUUUCCUUUUACCACAUUAUGAAAUGGGGUACCACGAUUAAAAGGAAGAAAUUUCGCGACUCACUUCGUGCUUUUUUUCCGAGUUAAAGUCGCAACAUUCCAACCAAGUGGCCCCAUAUCUUGUAGUGGCCAGAGAGAAAAGUGAUGGAAACGUGUUAAGUUGGAAAUUGUUGCUGCUGGACAAACAAGGAAAAUGAUUGUGGUUUGAUGUUCUUUCCAAUAAUGUUCUGUGUAUGAACUGGAUGCUGUGAAGACAAAACCAUCCUCUUCCGGAACAUACAAAAAUCAGAAACAUGAUCUAUUUAGUAGCAGGAAGUGAUGCAACUGAUUCAAACCCUGGACGCUUCUGUGUCCUUCUUCGGUAGGAAGUCAGAAUCUCACGUAAUUCCUCCCAUCGAAUAAUUGAGGGAAUAGAUGUCUUGACAAUCUAUUGGUCUUUCACUUAAAAUAGCAUGUUUGCCGGCCUAUGACCACCUUCUUGUUCUGGUGCACAUGAAACAUGUGCGAGACCCUUGUCCAAACGCUUCACAGAUCCAAAGAAGUGGGAGCUGCAAACUUAUUAUUCCCGACCUCCGUGUACAAACGAGUCUAAAAUAGAACACUAAAGUAACCAAGAGAGAAACCGUUGGUGGUAGAAUGAAAUCAGAAUCAGAAUAAUAGGAUGUAUAUCAGUAGACGCUAAGAAACAUCGUAAAUUCAAUGUAGCCCAAAUUAGAUGAAAUUUGUAUUGUAUUAUAUACGGCUCAUUAAUGGAUCACAUUAGUCCCUCAAUGUGAUCCAUUCGAGCUACCAGA